AUGGUUACAGUCGAAAUCUUAGACGGCGGUCUUGGGACCUCGCUGCAAGACCAGUAUGGUGUGAACUUUGACAGUACCACCACGCCUCUCUGGUCCACUCACUUGCUGGUCUCCGACCCGGCAACUUUGCAAGCCUGUCAAAAAGAUUUCGUGACAGCAGGAGCCGAUGUGCUUUUGACCGCUACAUAUCAAGUCUCACCUGAGGGCUUUGGACGGACCAAGACUGCUGAAUUCCCCAAUGGCAUCCCGAGAGAAGCUAUCGGGCGGUACCUGGAAACUGCCGUCGACUGCGCAGAGAAAGCAAACGCGCCUAAGGGAGGGGCCCGAAUUGCCCUCAGUUUGGGCCCGUACGGUGCAUGUAUGAUUCCAGGCCAGGAGUACAGCGGUGCGUAUGACGCUGAGCAUGACAGUGAGGAGACCCUUUACAACUGGCACCUUGAUCGAUUGCGGCUCUUUCUGAGCUCUGAGGGUGACUUGCUCUCACGGUUGCAGUACGUGGCUUUUGAGACCUUGCCUCGUCUGGAUGAGGUGCGUGCGGUCAGGAGAGCGAUCCGCGACUCGGGAAUUAAGGCACCUUUCUGGAUUGCGUGCGUGUUCCCGCGAGAAGAUAGCUUGUUACCAGAUGGUAGCUCGAUAGAGCAGGUGGUGCAUGCUGCUGUCGACCCCAUGGAAAACGGACUGUCCCCUUGGGGGAUUGGUAUCAACUGCACCAAACUUCAUAAACUCUCUGGCUUGCUCGAGCAAUUUGGAGAGGGAGUCUCGGCGGCAAUUUCUCAGGGCGAGAUUUCCGUCCCUCCUGUCCUGGUUCUGUACCCCGACGGCACCAAUGGAGAAGUUUACAAUACAACGACUCAAGUCUGGGAGAAGCCAGCUGGAUCUACUGUCGGAGGUGGUCGGGAUGAUCGUGCAUGGGAAGUUCAGUUGGCGGAGGUGGUACGCAAAGUCGGCCAGGACGGCCCCUUUGAGACAGUCCUUGUCGGCGGUUGCUGCAAAGCAACUUCCCAAGACAUCAAAAGACUCCGCGAGCAAUUUCACCAAUGA